AUGAAGACGGGGAGGAGGGGUUACUUCUGGCAGAGCAUGGAGCAGGCCCGGAGCAAUGGGGUUGUCCCUCGUCUGGAUAUGGUUAUCAGUUCGAGGACCACAGUGGCGGAUACGUCUCACCUUCUGAUUGCUUUCACCCUCUCUGCUGCCAUACCAGUGCCUUGUCUGACUGUGCUGGAAUAUGUUUCCACCAUAAUUAUGAUUGACGAUGAUCCCUCUGUCAUGGUUUAA